AUCAAUAUGAGGUUAAAGGAACAUAUGUUAUGGAUUACUUAAUCCGGAGACAGUUAAUCUAAUUAUGUCGAGUAUUACUGAGGGUAACCAACCGCAGUCGGUGCUAUGUCAUGUCCAACAUGACGAAGAAGGUGACAAAGAUAUCGCAUCGCUACUCCCACAACUUGAACGUGGUUGUCAGAUUCGUGAUACGCUUUUCAAUGAUGUGAUCAGAGGUUUUCAAAACAAUGUAGCAGUCUCACAACAGGUCAGUGCAUUGUCUAUCCUGAGGCAGUCUAUAUAUGCCUAUUACGGUGAUGAAUACACUACGGAAGUCACCGGGAGAGUACUUACUCGAGAAUCAACAGAACAACUUUUAACUGAGGAAUCACUGUAUCAAUAUGUGUUUAAUAGAGUCCUAUCAGGUGAAUUAUACCCAAACAAAGACAUCAUAGCUGAGUUCCUCAAAGUUGUACUCGCUAUGACAGAAUGUUUCCCAAUAGAUAAAUAUCCCAUAUUAUUGAACGUAGAUCUGGUGCAAGAUAUAUUGCUGAUGAUGGAGCGUAUAUCGACCGUCUAUAGUCGGCCCGAAGUGGAAGACGGUAUAUGUUCAACGGGGCUCUCCAUAGUCAAGAAUAUGAUGAAAGUAAUGGACUUACCUCUUGAAGUACUUUAUAAAAGCUUGAAAUUAGUACUUCGGAAUGGAAAUUCUGCAACAGUAGACUUUUGUCAUCUACUGCUUACAAAAGAGCUCUUGCCCAUCCUUAAAAACAAAACUGUCUCCGUAAUAUAUAACUCACCACGAGGAAGUAGACCACAAAUGCUACACGAAUGCAUAAAGUCCUUGCAAAUGAUUUUAUCCUCUUGUAAACAACAUGAAUUAGAAUCCAAAAUAUGCAGAACACUGGUAUCUGUCUGCGAGUACUCAUCUGGAAUUGAUUUACUGAUGGAACGACAAUUUUUACCAGCUAUCGUCAACUUGGCAAACAGAGCAGUUUUUAGGUAUGAAGCCAUAAUGAAGGAGCUUGAAAGAAGCAAAGGAAUGUUUGACGCCACGAGUGCCAUGAAAGUUGGUGAAAGCAUAACUUCAGACGUACAUCAAGUAACCUUUGAUGCAGUAUCAGUGAUCAGUAAAAUGGCAUUCAAAGGGAAUAGAAGACAGAUUAUGUACCUACUGGAAUUUGGCAUAAUAGAUGAAUUAGUAAAGUUGGUCAACUGUCCAAUAUCCACAUCCAUAGUUAAAACUAGGGUCGCAAAUGCAUUGGGAAACAUGGCAUACGAAUCGGAUAGAGAAGUGCAAGCGAUCAUUAACGCAAAAGCAAUUCCCGCACUCGUGAAUGCAUAUGAAAGAACAAUCGACCAUAAUACAAAACUAGAAGCAGCGUACGCUAUAUGCGCAUGCGCAGCCAAAGCCAAUCGACAACAAUUGAAAUAUAUCAUAUCGUGUAACGGAACUUAUGGGUUCCUUGACGGCAUUGACGGUAUCGCAUUAAUAUCUGUUUUCAUGGAUCUUGUCUGUAAAAACGACCCUGGAUUAGAAGGGAACAUACGACUGUGUCAAAUCGUGCUCAACGCCACCGAGAACAUACUCAACAUUGGCAACAUGGAAUCCAAGGAAUAUCGAUUACCAGAAAAUCCUUACGCAGAAUUGCUAAAACAACACGAAGGAGAUAUAAAACUUGCAAAACUAUCAAUGUUCCCAAAUUAUCAAAUCGCGAAAAGAGCGUUACAACUGAGCAGAAGGUACUUCAAUCACCCUAAAGUAUGGAGUACAUUAUACUGCUAAAUCAUGAAGCAGGGUGGAAAUAAGACACAGAAAGACUAUACAUUCAAUGAUAUAACAUUUGACGUCUAAGUAAAAUUGUAUAU